CUGUCGCAGCUCUUACCACAAUAACAAGCUCAUACAACAUGCCUGACUGGCUAUCAGUUUAUUUGCGCUAUACUUUUUCAGCCUCCUCCAUCACCCUAUUCUCUAGGCAAUGUAUGAAGAUUAUGAUGAAAGAUGUGGAGGGUAGUUACUAAGAAUGAAUUGUUUGACUAGUUUCUUGUGAUUGUUGGUCUAGGCUACUCAUGACAUCUCUGCAUUGUUCUGGGUAUGCAGCAGCUUAGGAGCAUGCUGUCUGAGGGGAAUACUGAUCAGUCUGCCGUUCCAGCACAGAACCAGACCACUGCGAGGAUGGGGGAGGAGACAAUGGUAAUGGAGAGAAAUUUCCCAAUGGAUCACAGUCAUAACCUGCCAGCCCAGGACAUCAGUCUGGUGAAGGGCCAGAAGAAGAGCCAGUUGCUGCUAGACCGUGGCCAGUGGGCCAACAAGCUAGAGUUCCUCUUGGCCGUGGCAGGCACUUUGGUGGGGCUGGGGAACUUGUGGAGGUUCCCAUAUCUGUGUUACAAAAAUGGAGGAGGUGCAUUCCUGAUUCCCUAUGUUCUGUUCCUGCUCUCCUGUGGGAUCCCCAUGUUCCUCCUGGAGACAGCCAUGGGACAGUACACCUCGCAGGGCUGCAUCACCUGCUGGAGACACUUCUGCCCUCUCUUUGAAGGGAUUGGUUAUGCCACCCAAGUGGUCAUUGCGUAUGCUGCAGUGUCAUACAUCAUCAUCCAGGCCUGGGCCUUCUUCUACUUGUUCUCCUCCUUCAGUGCCGAGGUGCCAUGGGCCAGCUGCAGAAAUGCCUGGAAUACAGAAUCUUGUAUAGAAUUUGACAAGAGGAAUCUGUCAGCUAACUGGACAGUCCCUGUGAAUGCAACUUCACCUGCGACAGAGUUCUGGGAGCGCAGGGUGUUGAGCAUCUCCACAGGGAUAGAACAGAUUGGUAGUCUGCGGUGGGAGCUGGCUCUGUGUCUGCUGCUGGCCUGGAUACUCUGCUACUUCUGUGUCUGGAAAGGAGUGAAGUCUACUGGGAAGGUGGUGUAUUUCACAGCUACCUUUCCCUAUCUGAUGUUGAUCGUUCUGUUGGCUCGGGGACUCACGUUACCUGGAGCUAUUGAUGGAAUCAAGUUCUACCUCUACCCGGACCCUGCAAGACUGGUCGACCCACAGGUAUGGAUGGAUGCUGGAGCACAGGUGCUUUUCUCCUUUGGCAUCUGUCAAGGGAGUCUGACUGCACUGGGCAGCUACAAUCAUUAUAACAAUGACUGCUAUAAGGACACGUUUGUGCUGUGUUUGGUGAAUGGAGGAUCAAGCUUCGUUGCUGGGUUUGCUAUCUUCUCUGUGUUGGGCUUCAUGUCAUAUGAACAGGGGCUGCCCAUAUCUGAAGUUGCAGCAUCUGGUCCUGGCCUGGCGUUCAUAGCCUAUCCUCGUGCCGUGGCCAUGAUGCCUUUACCUCAGUUGUGGUCCAUAUGUUUCUUUGUCAUGGUCAUCUUGCUGGGUGCUGACACACAGUUUGUCAGUCUGGAGUGCCUGAUGACCUCUGUGACAGACAUGUUCCCCACCGUGUUUCGAAGGGGGUACCGUCGAGAGCUGCUGCUGCUUUGUCUCUGCUCUGUCUGCUUCUUCCUGGGACUCCUUCUGGUCACAGAGGGAGGGUUAUAUUUUCUACAACUUUUUGACCAUUACGUGUGCAGUGGCAACAAUCUCCUUCUGCUCUCUGUCUGCCAGUCAAUAGCAAUCGGUUGGAUUUAUGGAGUGGAUCGUUUCUAUGACAACAUAGAAGAUAUGAUUGGGUAUCGUCCCUGGCCAGUGAUUAAGUACUGUUGGCUUUACGUCACCCCUACAGUCUGUUUGGGUACAUUCAUCUUUUCCUUGGUACAAUACAAGCCCCUAAAGUUCAACAAAACCUAUUUGUACCCUGACUGGGCAUAUGCAUUGGGGUGGUUCCUGGGGCUCGCCUGUGUGGCUCUGGUGCCUCUGUGGAUGAUCUGGAAGGUCUAUCGGUCCAAACUGACAGUCUGGCAGAGCCUAAAACAGCUAUGUCGCCCAGAAACCAACAAGACCCUCAACCAGAAGCAGCAAACUCCUGAACAGUGCCCUCUGAACCCAGAUUCCAUUCUUAAUCCAACCGCAAAUCAUGAGUAUAAGGGAAGUGGCGUAGUUGAGCUAGAGAUGCACACAUGACACCUUGCUAAUUUGAAAACAUGAUACAUAGUACUUUUGAUAUGAUAUUUUCAGUGCCCAAUUAAACAGUCCGUACGUAAGUAUUGUAUAUUUUAUGCAAAUCAUUUUUUUUAAUUCAUUUUGUAUUUUUCUUUCUCCAGAUCUCAGAUAUUGUAUUGAGGUAAUUUAUUUCUUACCUCAGCUAUUCUACCUAUUCUGUAUAUAGGACCCACCUUAGUGGUGGAUGGCAGCCAUAUUUUUGGGAUAGGACAUUUAUAAAUGUUAUUUGCACUGUGAGUUUUCAAAUACUUUUAAGAUGUGAAAUGACUACUACGUAGAUGGUGACGAUAUAAUGAUGGGGUAUGUGUCACGUCCUGACUAGUAUAAGGGGUUAUUUGUUAUUGAAGUUUGGUCAGGGCGUUGCAGGGGGUGUUUGUUUAGUGUGUUUCGGGGUUUUUGGUUUAUGUUCUAUGUUAGUUAAUUUCUAUGUUAUUUCUAUAUUAUUUCUAUGUUUUCAAUUUCUAUGUGGUUUUCUAGUUUUUCUAUGUUAGUUUUGUCAAUGACCUCCAAUCAGAGGCAGCUGUUUGUUGUUACCUCUGAUUGGAGGCCAUAUUUAAGUGUGUUUGUUUUCACUUGUGGUUGUUUCCUGUUUAGUCUGAGCACCUUACGGGACUGUUAUCAUCAUUAUUUUGUUUAAGUGUGUUACCGUCAAUAAAUAUGAAGAUGAGCAAUA